AUUUUUUUGAUCCCAGUUCCUUUCUCAACGACAUAACACUGGCGGAGCGGAUUCCGCUGUGUGGAAUUAAAUAUAUUAUUUAAAUAUUUAGUAUAUAAAACAAUAUAGAAUCAAUCAAUAACAAACAAAGAAAUGUUACGAAAUCAACAAACAAUCUGUAAAUGUAUUUCCAAGACCAUAAACGACCAAAAGAGAUGGCUCCGGCUACAGAAUGGAGCACUACACAACAAAAGUACCAGCAAUGUCUUCAAACAGGGAAAAAUCAUGGGUAAACUGUUUGGUAAUCGUGUCCAGGGUAGCAAGAAACGAUGGAUUCCAAUUGCCGAUGCAUCAGCCUCGUCGAAUGUAGUAUUUAAGCAAUCACCUUUUGGGGGAAAGACAACGAAUACAGGCAAUGGAAAGAAUGAUUCUCGCCGCAUGACAGUUUUGAAUAAAUUGUUUAUGAAACAUAUAACUGAUCUAUUGGCCACGGGAGAGAUUUCAGAAAAAAUCCUAGGAAAAGGUUUGCAGGUGUCACGUGUAAAAAUCUCCCAAGAUUUUGCCUAUGUUAAUGUAUUUUGGGUAACUACUGGAGAUGUGGCAAAGGAUGCUCUAUUGGAACAGGAACUUCUGCACUGUACUGGUCUGUUGAGACAUGAGCUAUCACAGUUGGGUUUGAUGGGUGUGGUACCACGCAUUAAAUUUGUAAAAGAUAAAAUCAUGUCGAAUAUAGUUCAAGUAGAGUCAUUAUUGAAAAAUAUGGAUUUUGGUCCGGAGGAUGAAAACAAGGAAGAGUUAGAGGAUUAUGUAAAAAAUGCCACAGAUGUUGUUAAAAAUGAAUUCUAUGGCAAUAAAGUGACGACAGCCAAUGCAGAAACAACCAUUCAGCAGCACUCAGGAGAAGACAUCACAGCAAUACCCCCAGUAUUAGGUGCAAAACUGCCAGAAAUGCGUCACGAUGUCCUGGGUCUGGAUCAUAAAGGUAUUAUGCUUAAGAUUCUAACAAAAAUGCGCAAAUCUAAACAAGCCUGGGAACAACAUCAAUCGGCUAAUAGCAUUCCACCAAGUGAAGCAGAGGUGGUGGUUACCUCGACACCACCCUCUGAGAGUCAACUGAAUAGAAUACAAAAUAAACUAGCCAAAGCUGCCGAGAAUUCCGAAAAAUUUGAAGCAUUCUUAGCCAAAAGACGAGAACGUAAGAGUACUCCGGAACGUAAAAAGUAUCGUAUGGUAGAUCACAUGAUUGAUGGUUACAGUGAAGACAUGAAGGAAUAUGAGUUUAUGUCUCAUCGCCAGAGACAACUUUACGAAGCUGAAGAUUACCUUCAUGAUGAAGUCGAGGAUGAAAAGAAGACAUAGGCAAUUUGAUAGAUUAAUAAUUGUUUUUGUUAUUAGAACCAAAGUUAAAUUAAAGAAAAAAUAACAUUAAUUAGUACUUACAUAAAAAUAAAAAAAGAGUAUCAACAAUUUGAAAUUGUUGGAAAAUUAAAAUGAAUAA